GCACUGGCCGAUGCCUUGAAGUCCAACUGUACGGUCACCCACGUCGACCUCGGUUGGAACCAGAUCGGACCCGAGGGUGCCAAGGCACUGGCCGAUGCCUUGAAGUCCAACUGUACGGUCACCAUCAUCAACCUCGAAAUCAACAAGAUCGGAGACAAGGGCGCCAAGGCACUGGCGGAUGCCUUGAAAUCCAACUGUACGGUCACCCACAUCGACCUCCGUGGCAGCGAGAUCGGAGCCGAGGGCGCCAAGGCACUGGCCGAUGCCUUGAAGUCCAACUGUACGGUCACCCACGUGAACCUCCGCCGCAACGCGAUCGGAGACGCGGGUGCCAAGGCAUUCGCAGAUGGAUUGAAGUCCAACUGUACAGUCACCCAUGUCAACCUCGAUAGCAACAAGAUCGGAGAG